UUCCAGUUUUUCAACCUCUUACCCGCCGCCAUUAUUGCUUCUUGGGGGAAUUUGCUCUUUUCCUUUUCCAAAUCCACACACAAGAAGAUUGAAAAAACAAACAGAAUCAGCAAUUUUAACAUUUUACACUUUUUCUAUUCUCUCUCAUAAACACUUUCCCCUAGAAAAUUAACCAAACACACAUGGACUCUUCCCCUGUCAACUGGGAAGCACUCGAAGCUCUCAUCAUCGAUUUCGCCAAAUCAGAAAACUUGAUCGAGGACUCUUCCCCACCCUCUUCGCCUUCUCUCUCCUCUUCCCCUUCCCCCUCUUCCUCUUCUUAUCUUUCCAGGUUAAUCAUUCGCCAGAUCAGAAGCUCCUUAGAGGCCGGUGACGUUGACGCCGCCAUCGAUCUCUUCCGAGCUCAUGCUCCUUUUGUCCUGGAAGAUCAUCGCCUUCUCUUUCGGUUACAGAAACAGAAAUUUAUUGAAUUAUUGAGGGAAGGAACUACGGAGGAUCGUGGCCCCGCAAUUGAUUACUUAAGGACGUUUCUUGCUCCUUGUGCUCUCAAUGCCUAUCCAGAAGCAUAUGAGGAAUUCAAGCAUGUUCUUCUUGCCUUUAUAUAUGACAAGGAUGAUCAGACUUCCCCAGUGGCAAAUGAGUGGGCUGAGAAGAGGAGGUAUGAGAUUGCUGGCUUAAUGUCUUCUGUUUUAAGAGCGCAUUUACAUGCAUAUAAUCCAAUCUUUUCAAUGACAUUGAGAUAUUUGAUAAGCAUUCAUAAAGGAUUUUGCUUUCGACAAGGAAUUUUAUCACCUAUUUCAGAUCUUAUUGAGAGAUUGCUACUUUUGGAACGUGAUCCUCCUGCAAUACCUCAAGAUAGUUUGUAUGAGGCACAACCAUUUGAUGAGGUGGAUAUACAAGCACUUGCGCAUGCUGUAGAGCUUACAAGACAAGGGGCUAUUGAUAGCUUGAGAUUUGCCAAGGGUGAUUUGUUUCAGGCAUUUCAGAAUGAAAUAUGUAGAAUGAGAUUGGAUGCUGCCAUGCUUGAUGAACUUGUUCGUGAGUACUGUAUUUACAGGGGAAUUGUGGAAUCUGGUAGUCUCAUCCCAUCUAGAGUGCAAACACUUUCAGAACCUUUGAAAGGUAAUCCAUCGGAGUCUGGGUGUUAUUCAACACAAGACGGUUCCCUUGAUGUGGAUUAUAGCAGUGCUAAGUGGUCAAAUAGUGAAACUUCUGCUACUACAGAUAUGAGUAGUAUGCGUGGCACUAAUGUCGAAUUAAGGUAUGCUUCUGACCCAGCAAACAACCUCGAAGAUUGUAGCACCAGUGGGUCACAUCAGUCUGAAAAUUUGAGGCUCCCGAGAAACAGAAGCCAUGGAGCUGGUGAAAGAAGUAAACGCAAGAGAUGGAGGGGAAGACAUGAUGAACUAGAUCAUAUUUCUGAUAUACAUUUUAACCGAUGCAGCAAGCAAGAGGUUAGCACUGCAAUGCAAGUUGCCAGCGCAACAAUAUCAAAAGCACAACAGGGAGUGGAAAAUAUCAACGGGGAAGAGAAAUAUGAAAUUGUUCUGGGGAUGAAAGAACUAGCAAGCAGAGGAAUGGCUGCUGAGGUUGUGGAGGAAAUUAAUGCAUUGGACCCAAACUUCUUUGCACAAAAUCCAGUUUUGUUAUUCCAACUGAAGCAGGUUGAAUUUCUGAAACUGGUUGGAUUGGGUGAUCACUCUGGUGCUCUAAAGGUUGCAUGCUCCCAUUUAGGUCCCUUAGCUGCCAGUGACCCCAAUUUGCUGAAGCCCUUGAAGGAGACUUUGUUGUCACUGCUUCGGCCAAGUGAAGAUGCACUUGUGACAGGCUUGCCCUUACAUGCUCUUGCAACUUCACUUCAGGUUGCUUUUGGGAAAAGGCUUGGGAUUGAAGAGCCUCAGCUUGUGAAGAUAAUGAGAGCAACCCUUUACACACAUACCGAAUGGUUCAAACUUCAAAUGUGUAAAGAUCGAUUUGAAAGUCUCCUGAGAAUUGAUUCUUUGAAGGAAAAUAGUACUCCUGUUCUGACUUCCUUGGCCUCUUCAAAGUCGAAUACCGAAAGCUGCAACCUUGGGUCUUCACAAGUUACCAUGUCAUCAACAACCCGUGUAUCAGAUGACGGUGGAAGUCCAAAUCAAGCAUCAUCAAGAGAUGUUAUCUGCGAUGAGAAUGCAAUACUUAAAGUAAUGGAAUUUCUUGCAUUGCCAAGGGCUGAUGCAAUCCAUCUUCUUGCACAAUACAAUGGAAAUGCCGAGACAGUAAUCCAGCAAAUAUUUGCAUAGAUAUUUAAAUGUAAAAUACAACACUAGAGGACAUUUUGAUCAUGAUUUAUUUAUUUGUUUGUUUGUUAAUAAUAUUUAUUUAUUCAAUUCGUAUUUGUGAUA